UGUAUGGUUGAGAACUGUGAAUGUUCGAAGAUCUACGUUCAGGUACUUGGCAUUUCUUCUCUUUAAAAUGACGGAAAUCCCUACAAACGGAGUCGUCGACGCGAAAGAAAAGAAAAAUGUAAUCGUGAACUAUAUCCCACCUCAUAUAACGGAAGCUUAUUUGCAGAACAUGUUCAUUACUUGUGGAAAGAUUAUAGGUUGUAAACUCAUGAGGGACAAGACUAACGGAGUUAGCCUUGGCUAUGCUUUUGUGAACUACAACACUGAGGCUGAAGCGGCGAGAGCCAUAGAAAUGUUUGACGGACAUCAACUUGACAACAAGAAAAUAAGAGUAAGUUAUGCCCGGCCAUCUUCAGAGGAGAUUAAAAAUGCGAACUUGUACAUCAGUGGAUUACCUAAAGCUAUCGGUGAGAGCGACCUAAAAACGUGGUUUGCUGUUUAUGGAACAAUCAUUUCUUCGAAAAUUUUGUUGUUAGAAAGCGGUGAAAGUCGUGGUGUAGGAUUUAUUCGCUAUGACAAAAGGGCAGAAGCCCAGGCAGCCAUUGAUGCACUGAAUGGUGUCACCGUGGCACCUGGCUCUACCCUUGCUGUGAAGUUUGCAAACCCUCCCAAAGGUAUUUCUUCAGCCCAGUUACAGUCUGUCUCAAUGUUACCUGCGAACGAAGUUUUAAGACCAGAACUGAAUCUCGGAGGAGUCGGUCCCAUUCAUCAUGGGACGACAAACAAUCGAUUCUCUCCACUAGGGGCCGUUCGUAAUUCUUCAAACUAUUUCACAAAUCAAACGAACAAUCAAAAUCAUCAGAGUCCUGCACAUCAAAAUUCUAAAAACAAUUGUCACUGCAUAUUCGUAUAUGGUUUGCCGACUUCAGAGGAGGACAUCGCCAAUGAAUUGUUGCUCUACAAACUUUUUUCUCCACACGGAGCCAUUUUUUCGGUGUCUGUCAAGAAGGGCACCGGAUAUGCCUUUGUCAAUAUGAUAAGGUACGAUGAGGCCUUACGAGCAGUUACGAACUUAAAUGGAUACUUUGUUCAACAACACAAUACACAUCUUCAAGUGUCUUUUAAAAAAUGCAAACCUUGAACUGUUUUACACCAUGAGCAAUUAAUGUGAACGUGAAUACGAGCAGAGCAUGUAUUUGUGUUAUUGUUGUAGAUAUUGGUAUCCAGAGUUAAAAUAUGGAGAGCUACCUCGGUGAUUUGGUGCCUUGAAAGCACAGUCCUCACCAGUGCAUAAGCAUUAUCAUGGCCUUUUUUUACAAGUGCCUGAGCACCUGUAUGUGCUUCAAUUGCCAGAUGGGACUGAGCUUUAGCAGUGAAAAUCAGCCCACACUAAAACCAACAGGAUGCAUAUGCAUACAUAAGAGGGCUAUUUUCACAAUUUUUUAUGAUCAGCCCUGUCAUGCUAGCUGGCAGUUGAUGGGCCUCUUAAAACUUAUUUUUUUAUUGAUGAAAUAUGGCAGCAUAUAUUAAACUUUUAGGGCCGGUAAUUUAAACAAAGUUUAGCUGUUGUUUAACAAAACUGCAUUUUAAACUAUCAUGUAUAAAGCUGAAUCUUUUGUCUGCACAUUCAUUUUUGUGAACAGUGUUAAGAGGGCUCAAAGUUAUAAGUGGAAGGACAUUUUUCAAAGAAAACAACCUUCUCAUAGAGAAUAUGCAAGGCCCCCAACUUGUGUAAAACAGUGGUUUGGAUUAUACCUCAUGUAAAUAACUGGCCCUUAAGGUUUCUAACUUGGAGUUUAUUUGAGGGUUUGUUUAUUUGGAAAUCAUAUUUUAAGACAACAAUUAUCAUCUACCAUUUGUAAAUACAGAUAACCUCUAACUACUCUUAUUAACAAUCUCACCAGUCAGCUCUAUAUGAGAGAGCUUUCUCCCCCCUCCCCCCCAGUGUAAUUGGUAGUUACAAAUCUAAUGUCCCACUCAAAAUGAACAUUCAACGACAUGAAACCCAGUUGACCAAUAAAUUAUCCCUUAUCAUUAAAAAAAGUUACAAAUGUUAAAAAAUUCAAAUUCCUGUAUUUUUUAGCGCGUUGAGGAUAUUCCUCAUUAUGAUUGAUGAAUUUCAUGAAGCACAAUCUUCUUGAUGAGGUAGUGUGAAUCAGACUUUAAGGUCACAAGAACAAAGGAAAUGAUCACUAACAAUUUAGAAGCUCUUGAUUGCAAAACAAAUUCUCCUUGUCAGUGGCACCUCAGGAAAUGCAUAGGGAACAGUAUGGAGAAGACAAAUGUUUGGGUGUAAAGUGAACUAUUUUUUUGUUCAAUAUAGUUUCAGUAUGUUCCUCCAAUAAGUAAUUUUGUUGCAGGAGUGGCAUUGUUGAAUUGUUCCAUCAUUACCUCAAAACCAGCUCUCACUCGGUCUUCUUGUUCAAUGGAGUCAUUCAGCAACAGAUGCGUAUCCAGGAGUCCUGUUGGUGUGCCUGCUUCGAUUUCACAAACAGCAUCUUCUUUGUCAUUAUAGUGUUGAGAAAAUGAUAGACAUGAUCAAUGUAAUUUAGUCAUUGGCUCUUGAUCACAUUUCUGUGUCUGUCAUUUUUUGCUACAUGCAGGAUAUUGGUGAAGGUAUAUCUGUCUCUCCUUAGCAUCUAAAGGGGUUGGGAGUCUUUUCCAUCCACCUUCCAUUUGCCUCAACAGCUCUAUCCAUUUGUGUCUCUUGUUAGAGUGGUUGUGAUGUUGUAUUGUAACCCAGGAGCCACUAUUUUUGUUUUUGGAAGAGAAAGAGGUAUUUAAGUCACCAAAUGAGAUAUGUUUGAAGCUUGGGACUAUAGUUAUAUCCUUUAUUCUGCUUUGUCAAUAUUAGCAAUAAAAAAGAGACAGUUCUG